AUUCCAAGCCAGCACUAGCCAGCACCCGUGCACAUACCUCCAUUCACUGUCGUUUCGCAAACAGGUCCACUAUCCCUGACUGACCGGUCUGCCUCGCGCUGCCGCCAGAUAAGCUAUUACCAUGGCUUCUGAAGUGCAAGAGCUAGUCGGCUUCUUACUCUCCCUCGACCUGAGGUGCAGCGCAUGGCGGUGGGCAUAGUGGCCGGCCUCACAGGCUCAGACGAGGGCCUUAGCAAACUGCUACCAGAGGCUGACGUCAUCGCGGCUGCUCUGCUGCCGCUGCUCUCAGCCAAUAAGGAAAUUUCCCUCCCAUCCGCCCAAGCACUCGUCAACCUAUCCCAGCACGACGUGGCAGCAAGGGCAGUGAUUAAAGCGAGGGGCGUGGAGGCAGCAGGGGGAAUGGCGGUUGGGGGGGGACCAGGGGGGAAGGCGAAGAAUGCGGGCUUGAUGGUGAUGCUGCUGGCGAAUCUCACUCAACUGGACGAAGGAGCGGAGAAGCUUCUCGAGUCCAGUGGGACCGUCCCCUUGCUUGCAUCCCUCACAAGACGAUUCGCUAUGAGUGCUGACAGGGAGGAGGGGCAGGAGGACGAGUACGAGCACGUGGCUACCAUUCUAGUCAACGCGACUCGCUUGGAAGCUGCCAGGAAGCUGCUUCUGGACUCGGAAAAGAAGCUCCUAAGGCUAAUACUGCCACAGACGUGCUCUUCGAAUAGAACGCGCAGCCAAGGGGCCAUGGCAACGGUCAGAAAUUGCUGCUUUGAUGCUGGCUCAGGGGCUCUGCCUUCUCUGCUGCUCCUAGCCGACCUGCUCUGGCCGUCGCUGCUGCUGCCUUUGGCAGGCACAAGAAUAUACAGCAAGGAGGAUAGAGACCAGAUGCCACCAGAGCUGGCUGUACCAUUAUCUAUGGAACGACCCCCUGUGACCGAUGCAAAGCUAAGAGCCGAUGCUGCUGACGCACUGUUCCUGAUCGCCUCUGAGGAGGCUGGCAGACGAGCAUUGUGGGCCGUGCAUGGUGCAAGAAUACUCCAGGUUGGAUACGAGGACGAGGAGGAUCCGACAGUCAUGGAAGCGAUGGAGAGGCUUGGAUCUCUGAUGGUUCAAAACAGCCUAACUCCAGACAGUUGAAUGCGUGGUAGUAGAUUGCUUAGUGGGUAGUUGUCAUGUGGGCAGUCCUUGGAGAAGAAAGUGGUGUUGUAAUUUGAUUUGUGAUCAUCUCAUCGUGGGAAUUUCCUUCGAUGCUACGCAUUCAAAAAGACCCCUUGCAUUUUGAGAGAGUUCCUUUAUUUACAACUUCGGAACCGUAUGGAGUCAGUUGACAAGUGCUUAAACCCAGUAGUGCU